CCCCGGGGCGGUCCCAAACUGGGCUUCGCAGCGGUGCGGGUCUUCGCCCCCAAGUGGCUGCAGCCCAGGUGCGGCGGGACAGGAGGAUGUGCGGCUGGAGGCUGCUGGUGCUGUGGGCGCUGCUCCCCGCGACGGCUGCGGGGAGCUCGGGUCGCUGGUACCCGCACAGCACGGUCCUCGACCCAGAGGGCAAGUACUGGCUGCGCUGGGGCCGGCAAGGCGGACGGCUGGCCUUCCGCCUGGAGGUGCGCACGACCGGCUACGUGGGCUUCGGCUUCUCGCCCACCGGGACCAUGGCCGCGGCAGACAUCGUGGUGGGCGGCGUGGCCCGUGGACGGCCCUACCUCCAGGACUACUUCACAAAUGCAAACAGAGAAUUGGAAAAAGACGCCCAGCAGGAUUACCACCUAGACUACGCCAUGGAAAACAGCACUCACACGGUAAUUGAGUUUACCAGAGACCUGCACACGUGUGAUGCCAACGACAAGAGAAUCACGGACAGCACAGUGAGAGUUAUCUGGGCCUACCACCAUGAAGAUCCUGGAGAAUCUGGUCCCAAGUACCAUGACUCAAAUCGAGGCACAAGGAGUCUGCGGUUGCUGAACCCAGAGAAAGCCAAUGUGUUGUCUGCAGCCUCCCCAUACUUUGAUCUGGUAAAUCAAGACGUCCCCAUUCCAAAUAAAGGCACAACAUACUGGUGCCAAAUGUUUAAGAUUCCUGCAUUCCAGGAAAAGCAUCACGUAAUAAAGGUUGAACCAGUGAUAGAGAGGGGCCAUGAGGGCCUGGUCCACCACAUCCUGCUCUAUCAGUGUAGCAGCACCUUCAACGACAGUGUUCUGGACUACGGCCAUGAGUGCUACCACCCAAAUAUGCCUGACGCCUUCCUGACCUGUGAAACUGUGAUUUUUGCCUGGGCCAUUGGCGGAGAGGGCUUUACCUAUCCACCUCAUGUUGGAUUAUCCCUGGGCACGCCACUAGAUCCUCAUUAUGUGCUUUUAGAAGUCCAUUAUGAUAAUCCCACACAUAAGAAAGGCUUAAUAGACAGUUCUGGGCUGAGGUUUUUCCAUACCACGGAUAUUAGGAAAUAUGACGCAGGAGUGAUUGAGGCUGGCCUCUGGGUGAGCCUCUUCCAUACAAUCCCUCCAGGGAUGCCUGAGUUCCGUUCUGAGGGUCACUGCACUCUGGAGUGCCUGGAGGAGGCCCUGGGAGCUGAGAAGCCAAGUGGAAUCCACGUGUUUGCAGUUCUUCUUCAUGCUCACCUGGCAGGCAGAGGCGUCAGGCUGCGUCAUUUUCGAAAUGGGGAGGAAAUGCAGUCGCUGGCUUACGAUGAUGAUUUCGACUUCAAUUUCCAGGAGUUUCAGUAUCUGAAGGAAGAACAAACAAUCUUACCAGGAGAUAACCUGAUCACUGAAUGUCGGUACAACACCAAGGACAGAUCUGGCAUGACUUGGGGAGGAUUAAGCACCAGAAACGAAAUGUGUCUCUCCUACCUUCUUUAUUAUCCAAGAAUUAACUUGACCAGGUGUGCCAGCAUCCCGGACAUCAUGGAACAGCUGCAGUUCAUUGGUGUGAAAGAGAUCUACAGACCCGUCACGACAUGGCCUUUCAUUAUCAAAAGCCCGAAGCAAUAUAAAAACCUUUCUUUCAUGGAUGCAAUGAACAAAUUUAAGUGGACUAAAAAAGAAGGGCUAUCCUUCAAUAAGCUUGUCCUUAGCCUGCCCGUGAACGUGAGAUGUUCCAAGACAGACAAUGCAGAGUGGUCGAUUCAAGGGAUGACAGCAUUACCUCCUGACAUCAAAAGGCCUUAUAAAGCAGAACCUUUGGUGUGUGGGACGUCAGCUUCCUCUCCUCCACAUGACGUCUUCUCCCUCAGGUUGCUCGUGUACUGUCUGCUUCUUGGAAGUACGCUGAGCACCCAGGGCUUGUGACUGCUGUCCUUGGUGACACUAGAGUCUGGAAUCUGAGACUGUCCUUUAAAGUCAGGUUAAAGACUGUGUUCAUGUUGGGCCUGAAGAGAUUGGUGUGAUGAGCACAGAAACUUCACUUUCACACACACACCCUCUAUUUUCCUCCCCAGUGUUCCUGAGCUAUGUCACUGGGGUUCUCAAGAGUUUCCUUGUAAAAAUUCAUGUUCUGUGCCUAUGGUUAGUAAAAUAAAAUGGACCUGACUUAACCACUUUGAAAGUUGGACAAGCAGAACGAAAAGAAUGUUUAAUUGUUUUCUAUAUUCGGUGUUACUCAAUAUCCACUGUUCAACCUGACAUCCCUCCUUCUUUUCACGAACAACAUCACAGGAAUUGCUUUCCACUCCACCUUCCUUCAUUGGUGUAACUCGCAAGGGUGAGCACAGCCCUGCUCUCUCUGGCAUUGUCCAGUCCCUGAGUUUUCUAUGACCUCUGACCUCAAUGCUUUUCAGUGGUAGCUCUUGUGUUUCCUUGUUCAUCUGAGUCUGUUGAUACCCAAACCCAGAUCUAAGUAUUUCCCUGUCUCCACAGUACUGUUCAGCUGAUUUUUUUUUAUUAAGCUCUGUCACUCUCUUCAAAGAAAGGGAUUCUGAUAAAUGUAGAGGUGGUGGUAGCUGAUUGUAGGCUAAGAAAACAAUGCAGAUGGCCGCAAACCCCUUGCUGUGAAGGGUCCUAGAUGAGAUGAAAUUCCAAAGCAAAGCGGACAGUGUGAGCAGGCAGGAAGCCAUGGGUCCGUAAUGUUCCUCACCACUGGGUGUUUCACACUGCCUCAAUCUGAAUCACAUUUCUAUGAUAGAUUUAUUUUUAUAUUAGUUAAUAAACUGACUUCCAACAUAAAAUUUCCACCAACUGAAGAUCUUAUCAUUCUUUUGGUUCUCUUUGAAUUAGCUAGUUAAAUCUUGUUUUAUGUCCUAUCUUUAUUCAUAUGGUCUAUGUUUUGAUCAUAUUAAUAAACUUAAUGGAAUUAAAGUUUUUGUAUAGUAUCUUAUGUGGCCCUCGAGAGAAUUAAGUGAUUGUAUACUGAUGUCAAUAAAAUCAGCUGAGAAACUGUAUUUUUUUCCACUCUAAGCCCUUUCUGUCUUGCAAACGUAAACUAUAUUGUCAUUUGAAUAAAUAUUAUGUUUUAGAGUGUU